GGAACUUAGCGAUUUAGUGCUCUCUGCACUGUAUAAGAUUACAGUGAGACAAGACGCUUUGGAAAGUUUUGUUAAGGCUUUGCACGGAAAAAUAAAGAAUCUGGCGGAUCAUCGGAAAUGCACACCGUCGGAAGACUCGUCGAAGAAUGUCGACGAUCGCCGAGAACAUUCGAAGUUUUCCGAGCUCUUUCGACUCCGCGAAGAAAACUUUGAGCUGAAGAGGGAAAUUCAGAGACUGGACCAUGCUCUGCAGCUUGCUAAAGAUCUUGAUUUAGAUACGGGCCAUUCGUCACCCUUUCUGCAGAAUACCAGGAACCCGGUUAAUUCCCGCUUCUGCAGAGAUACCUGCGCGUCAGGAUCGACUAUACCCGAGAAUUCCAUAAUUUCACAUGAUUCCACCGCAAAAAUCACGAGAAAUGCCCAAUUCGAAAAUGGAAUUUCAAACACCAGAAGGGCCGAUGGAAAUUCAACUCCAAAUAUGAGGAGCGGAGGGAAUAUGUUUGACAGAAUAGGGCGCAUUGACAGUGUACCCAACCACGGAGAAACCUACAACGAUGCCACGCCCCUCCGCCGAGCCUGCACUUCGACUAGUGAUGGACGCCAAAACUUCUCGACCAAUCAAGUGGAAGAGGCGACGGGAACAUGCAAAGAAACUCCACCCUCUAUAAGAUCUAUGCGAAACGAUGGGGUCAAAUGCGUCCGCAGACACGCCCAAUCGAUGCCAGAGGAGAAGCGAACUCGUGAGGACAUUCGGCAACAGCUUCUUAACGAUGCAUUCCUUGUGUUGCAGAAAACUGGAGGUCGUUAUAUCAAAGAUUGAUGAAUCUGUGAUUGUGAGAAAUGGAAGAUUGGGUUACUUUCGUGUCACUUGAGUGACACGACGAAGACCAUUUUCCAUAUAGGCUUCUAUUUUAUCUCAUAUAGACUCAAGAUCCACUUCCCCACUUUACUUAGGAGAAAAACUACAUUUCCUAAAACAAUAUGCAAUAUUGUAGACUGAUCUUCUCAGUGUCGCAUUACUUUGUCUGCACUUGCUACUUCACAAUAGGAGAAGACAUAGUGCUAAUACCUAUGCAUUCUAUUGCUUUGUCACUAUUUUGUAAAAUAAAAAUUGGAAAUGGAAACAGAGGAAACAUCGAUUGUAGUUCGGUCAUAUUGGCCAUAAGACAUGGGGGCUUCAAAAGGAGGCGAAAUCUCCCGUUCAUGAGACUGACGUGUCAGGCUUUGCACGGAAAAAUAAAGAAUCUGGCGGAUCAUCGGAAAUGCACAUCGUCGGAAGACUCGUCGAAGAAUGUCGACGAUCGCCGAGAACAUUCGAAGUUUUCUGAGCUCUUUCGACUCCGCGAAGAAAACUUUGAGCUGAAGAGGGAAAUUCAGAGACUGGACCAUGCUCUGCAGCUUGCUAAAGAUCUUGAUUUAGAUACGGGCCAUUCGUCACCCUUUCUGCAGAAUACCAGGAACCCGGUUAAUUCCCGCUUCUGCAUAGAUACCUGCGAGUCAGGAUCGACUAUACCCGAGAAUUCCAUAAAUUCACAUGAUUCCACCGCAAAAAUCACGAAAAAUGCCCAAUUCGAAAAUGGAAUUUCAAACACCAGAAGGGCCGAUGGAAAUUCAACUCCAAAUGUGAGGAGCGGAGGGAAUUUGUUUGACAGAAUAGGGCGCAUUGACAGUGUACCCAACCACGGAGAAACCUACAACGAUGCCACGCCCCUCCGCCGAGCCUGCACUUCGACUAGUGAUGGACGCCAAAACUUCUCGACCAAUCAAGUGGAAGAGGCGACGGGAACACGCAAAGAAACUCCACCCUCUAUAAGAUCUGUGCGAGACGAUGGGGUCAAAUGCGUCCGCAGACACGCCCAAUCGAUGCCAGAGGAGAAACGGACUCGUGAGGACAUUCGGCAACAGCUUCUUAACGAUGCAUUCCUUGUGUUGCAGAAAAUUGGAGGUCGUUAUAUCAAAGAUUGAUGAAUCUGUGAUUGUGAGAAAUGGAAGAUUGGGUUACUUUCGUGUCACUUGAGUGACACGACGAAGACCAUUUUCCAUAUAGGCUUCUAUUUCAUCUCAUAUAGACUCAAGAUCCACUUCCCCACUUUACUUAGGAGAAAAACUACAUUUCCUAAAACAAUAUGCAAUAUUGUAGACUGAUCUUCUCAGUGUCGCAUUACUUUGUCUGCACUUGCUACUUCACAAUAGGAGAAGACAUAGUGCUAAUACCUAUGCAUUCUAUUGCUUUGUCACUAUUUUGUAAAAUAAAAAUUGGAAAUGGAAACAGAGGAAUCAUCGAUUGUAGUUCGGUCAUAUUGGCCAUAAGACAUGGGGGCUUCAAAAGGAGGCGAAAUCUCCCGUUCAUGAGACUGACGUGUCAGGUACGUAACUGUGCGGACGUUUUUCCGAAGGGGGUGGGGCGUUAAAUUUUGAACAAAAAGUGGACCUCCAGUUUUUUUUUUCGUGAGAGAAGCGGUCGAGUAUAGGCCUGAAUAUGGGUUUAGUGGUAUGCGCUUCCUGUGGCGUAAUGAGGCAACAUAUUGGGUGGCUGAGUUUUUGACUACAAAAAACGGUUCUUUAAACAUUGUGAGAGCGCAAAGCCCCCCACCCCCCUCCCCUAAAAAGAGGAAAAUUCUAAAAGGGUACAAUACUUAGUCAAACGGCUUGGCAAAAUAAAGUCUAACCGGUCAUGUUUUCAAGGAAAAAUCUGAACGUGUUAAAAGUACAUUACAAUGAUGUUUAAAUCCUAUUUUUCAGCAUUAGUCCCAGCACCCCCAUUUCGUAUUCUGCCAGUGUACCCCUCCAACCUAAGGGUGAUGGAACAAUCGUAUAGGCCUAGUCAGAAUUAUUUCACUGCGGUUAAUUUUAUUGGUCUAUAUUUGAAGGUUAAUGUAAACACUAAUUCUUUAUAUAAAAAAAAAUGCUAGCAAACAAAGCAAAACAAAAGAUUUUGCUUUAUCAGGAUGUAACUUCCUGAUAUAUCUGCAAUAAAAAAGUACUAGUUCCACGAUCUAUACCUCUUAUAUUUGAUACUAGUUGAAAUUAUUUAAUUAAUUUUAAUGAUAUGUACAUUAUGGUUUUUUAUGGGAAGUGGGUAUAAUACCGCAAAUCGCCCACAACUUUUGUAGUGGUAUUCAUUCCAAGGUCUGAUAUGCCAGUAUUGUGAAUCGAUUGAAUAAAGCUUAUCAUUGCUAAUG